CACCAGACCCAACUGUUCAUCAACCAAACACUUCUGAUCCCAAUUAAAAUACAAUUCUCGCUGUCCAUGUUUUCCUCCUUAUUUGAUCCCCCUGUGUGUUCUCCGCCAUUGACUGAUUAAACUCGCCGGCAAGAGCCGUCUCACCAACGCCACCAAAAGGGAUUGAUCGAUUCCUUCAAAGUCUUCAAGAACGUCUCUCUCAUUCGAAGACUUUUCUUCUCUUAUCUCCUCCAAUUUCAUGGAUUUUCGAACAAGAAUUUCAACUCAAACACCCCUGAUCGAGCUCACGAGUCGUCUCACGAUGCAAUAAAAGCUUCUUCUUCUUCUUCUUCUCCGACGAAGAUUCUGAGGACUGCAAUUGCCGGGAAUCAUGCUUCCUACCAAUCCGAUUUCCAUUCUUUUUGUGGUAGCAGGUGUGUUCGUGCUCCUUCGAGUAUUCUUAAGAGGUACGACUCUCUUGUUUCUAUUGAAGAAAUGGUGGAGAUCGAUUGACGAUCGGUUUCAUGUGUAUCAGUUCUAUAAAGUUCCUGAAUAUAACCAGAGUUUUCAAGAGAAUCAAUUGUACAGAAAAGUUUCUACCUACCUGAGUUCAUUGGCUUCGAUCGAAGACUCGGAUUUCGCAAACCUUUUCGCCGGCAAGAAAACGAACGAUAUUGUCUUACAUCUCGAUCCCAACCAGACAGUCCAUGACAUUUUCCUUGGCGCUCGAGUCUCUUGGAAGAACGAAACGAGAAAUGAUGGAACAAACAUUUCCAGGACGUUCAUUUUGAAAAUCAAGAAGAGAGAUAAGCGUCGGAUCCUUCGUCCUUACCUCCAACACAUCCAUUCCGUCACCGAUGAGAUCGAACAGAGGAAGAAGGAGGUCAAGCUCUAUACAAAUGCCGAAACAGAAUAUCACUAUGCCGGCGGACGGUGGAAAUCGGUACCGUUCACGCAUCCUUCCACACUGGACACCGUCGCCAUGGAUUCCGAUCUCAAGAACAAGGUGAAGUCUGAUCUAGAGUCGUUUCUCAAAUCAAAGCAGUACUACCAUAGACUCGGUCGCGUCUGGAAGAGAAGCUACCUGCUGUACGGUCCGUCGGGCACUGGGAAAUCAAGCUUCGUGGCCGCCAUGGCCAAGUUCCUCUGUUACGACGUGUACGAUGUUGAUCUCUCAAAAGUCUCCGACGAUUCGGAUUUGAAGAUGCUCCUCUUACAAACUACGAGUAGAUCGGUCAUCGUGAUAGAGGAUCUCGAUCGGUUCCUCGACGAGAAAUCGACGGCUGUUAGCUUGUCUGGAGUUCUGAACUUCAUGGAUGGGAUAUUUUCGUGUUGUGGGGAAGAGCGAGUGAUGGUUUUCACAAUGACUAGUAAAGAAAACAUCGACCCAGCCAUAUUGAGACCUGGAAGAAUCGAUGUCCACUUACAUUUUCCUCUCUGCGAUUUCUCCGCUUUCAAAACCCUGGCCAACAGUUACUUGGGGCUCAAGGAUCACAAGCUCUUCCCUCAAGUGGAGGAGAUUUUCCAGGGCGGAGCGACUCUGAGCCAGGCGGAGAUCGGAGAGAUAAUGAUAGUUAACAGGUGUUCGCCCAGUCGAGCACUGAAGUCUGUGAUUAACGCGCUUCAAACUACCGGUGACGGAAGAAGAGGUUCGGGGAAGCAAGGGCAGCGCUUGAGCGAGAGCGCGUCAGGGAGCGGGCGAUUGGGUGACGAUUCAAGGGAUUCAAGUGGUAAUGGAGUUAUUUGCAGGGAGAGCGUCCAUACUGUGAGAGAGUUCAGGAAACUCUACGGUCUAUUGAGGAUGAGGAGCAGCAAAAGAUCGGUACCUUUCGACCUCUGUUCGGUGGAGAAGGAGAAGGAGAAGGAAGGUUGACCACUCGAAGUCACCACGUGUCCGGGCACCUCCGACGAGUCGGUGGUGGUGGUGGUCAUCCAUUCUGAUUCUGGGUAGUGGAUUUUGUCAUCCAACGUUUCUUAUGCAUUCUUUCUAUCAAAUGAUUCCAGAGAAUAAGAAUAUAGCAUGAGUCUUUCUUUCAAUCUUCUGAUCGAACAUCGAAGAGAUGCACAUGCUGUUCAUACAUGCAAUUGAAAGUUGUUGACCCACACGGUUCUGAUCACCUCUAAUUUAUUUAAUGGUUGGGAUGUUUUCCAUGGGGUGUGACUGAUUUCCUGGAACAGUUAAAGGGCUUCUCUGAGACCCAUUUUCCACCAUGCUGGCCUGGGCUGGAAUAGGAUUGAUAAUGAGAAAUGGGAACUUGAAAUCGUUAGACUGCCUUCAAGAAAUCCAUUCCAAGGGCCUAUGGGCUUGUGCUUUCUCCACUGGUGCCCCUGUCAGUACUGCUCCCAAGAGAGUUUGAACUCACAAUGGUAACUGUCACUGCAACAAGCUCUUGGCUGCUUCAUGAUCUGUCUUCAAUAAGUUCUUUGGAGCUGAAAUAGUUUGAACCUGAGAUUUUCAGUUGUGUGACACGCUUGAUGCUGUGCUUGAUGUUGGGGAUGUCUAUGAUCCACCUGAACUGUUAUUAUCAUCACAAGGAGAGUUUUGAUGAGGUUUUUGAGGAUGGCUUCACUUCCAAGCUCAGUAAUGCAGGGACCGUAGUUUGUCGAGUGAGAUUUUGUUGCACUGAGACCAAUUUGAUGCAUGUUUCUUGCUCUAGCGUUAUGGGAAGGAGAUAACCGUAGGAACUUCGAGUAGAUGAAUGGCACCUACAACGGUUUUUCCUAGCCAUCUAUAAAAUCUUCAUGGAGGUAAUGAAAACUCUCUCUUUCUCUCACACACACAUAUUCAAGAUUUUGUUAACAUCAUUGACUGCCUGAUUAAAAUUGUCUUUCGAUUAACCAUAGGAGAACCAUCUUCACUGUGUGCUUUUUUCAGUUAUCAAGGUGGCUAUAUUCAUCUUUCUGUAGAUAGAACUUUUUCUGACCAGGAGUAGAAUGGCUAAUAGUGAAAGGAGUUUAAUGCAUCUGAUUGUGAGAUGAUUAAAUUACAAUCUUUGACAAGCUCUUUAGAUAUGGAAGUAAAACCAAGUGACUUUGCAGAACUGGAAUUCCACUGGAACUGAAUUUUAUCUCCGAAGUAUCUGAACAUUAUUUUGAGGAUUUCCAAGGGCAUAUUAAUCAGUCGAAAUACUACAUUAUGUUAUGAGUAUCCAUCCCCAGAAAUGCGACUUUAGUUGCGAUCUUUGGUGUACCUUUCUAAUUUUUGUAUGUACUCGGGUUUUUAAAGGUUGACGAUGUAGUUGAGGUGACUACUUGGUAUAAGUCAAUAUAGAAGUUGAAACAAUUUUAAAUGCAUACAAACACAUUUAUAUAAAUGUGCUCCUAGCUGAAUCAAUAAAUCUGUUGAGGAGCUUCAGUUAGAAAUUUUCUCACAAGAUUCAGUGUUAUCAAUUAUAAAACAAAGUGCCAAUUUACAACCUAAGACUUUUAAGCAGGGUACAUGGAGUAAGUUACACACCAUGAAGUAAGUGGUUCAUGAAUAACAUAAGUUAGGAGCUUAGACUGAGUGGCCAAUUUUCAAAGGCAAUGUCAAAUUCUAAUAUUGCUAACCUGUUCCUGGCUUGGCAUUAUUCUUCAUUUACAAGGAAAAGCAAAAGCGAAAGGAAACAGAUGAUCAAAAACAGAAACGAAGUAGGACACAGCUAGAUGGGAGGGACUGUUCUAAUCCCUCUUAAACUUGUUGAGUUCCUUAUCCUGCCAUUUCCACACUUUUGUUGGCAAUCAUGUAGAGGAAAAAUAGUUUAAAAAAAAAUGAGUAAAAUGAAGGAGAUUGGAGGGUAGGAAUCAACUGUGAAAGUCAAAAUCUUGGAGGGACGGUGUUUGAUUUGUUUCAUCCUCAGUUUUCCACUGGAACACUACUUGGGGUUUUGAAUUCUAUUGAAAGUGGAGUUAUCUUUGAAUGGGACUUUUGUAGUUACCAUUUCGAGAAGAACUGAAGCAAAACACCUUAUAGGUUUCCUUUUUGUAAGUCUGUGAGAUCUAUUUUUUGAUAUACAGCUUCUUUGGAAUUAAAAGGGUACCGUUUCAUCACAAUACAAUAUCAUCAGUUUAAAGGUAUGACCAGUGACCACAUGGAUGAAACUGAUCUUCAGUGAUAAUUGGCAACUUUGGAAAUGCUUAAUUUGUAAUAUAGGUAAUCUUUUAAAAUAAUUGGGUAGCAUUCUGAUUUUACAUUUAAAAAUUAGGAUUGUAGAUAAUUAUCCUCUAUUUCUAUAGUUUUAUAAUUACACUCUAUUUCUAUAUUUUUAUCUCUGUGCAUAGUCUUUUCCUGGUUGGUAUAUAGUUUCUAUUGCUUGCAUAUUCAUAGUUGACAAGCUAUCUGCAAGAAAGUGUAAUAAAGACUCCGAAAAACAAGAGUCAGUUUUAUGGUUUUCUAAAUAUUUUUUCUUAACCAUUUAGUAAUAUGGCAACACAUUUUUGAAUUUAGUGUCAAUGAGAAAUGGGGACUAUCAUCAAUGAAGCAUAAUAAUUUAAAAUAAGAGGGUGAAAAUCAUCUUGAUUUUUGGCGUUCAGUAAGAUUUUGGGAUGGCUGCAUUGUUCUCCUGAUGGGCAAGGAACUUUAUUUUUGAGUUCUUAUCUAAUUUUGACUGCCCACCUGUUAGCAGAGACUAGCAUUUGUAGUGGGAUCAAUUCCACUGGAUGCUGAAUCAACAUUUUCUAUUAAUGAAGUCUCCACAUUAAUAUUGUCCUCAAUACUGCUUUCAGAAGUAGCUUCGGUAAUUUCUGGAUAUGAACAAUAUCCUUGAUUAUACUUGUAUGGCUUUUAGGACUACUAUCACCCCUCAUUUCUGACCAUCAACAACUCUAUAAUCCCUGUCACCAGAGGCUAACAGUACUUUCUGCUGCACAGUUAAGUGGCUCCCUCUGUGGUUUCAUUCCUGUGCAAAUCAAAAUAUUCAGAUAAAUACCCAAAAAUACUUUAGUGAGAAGGAGAUAUUGCUAGUCACUUCUUUUAUGGUUCAACUCUAAAUAAUUAAGUUUUACACAAAAUUAUGAUUAGAGAAGUUCCUCUUGCUAACUAGCACUAGGAUUAUGGAGAUGGACACCAGUUCUGAUAAACGUUCGCCAAGAUGAAAAAAGAACCUAUAAACCAAAGUAAACUCAUUUGAAGAUAAAAAUUGUUGAUUGUAAACAUAAAAUGGAAAUUCACAAGAGAAAAAAUUAUAUAUGCAUACACACCAUAAGUGGAAUCCUAAGAACAAACGUAGGUUGUUAUAGAAAUAACAUAACUGCAGCUUACUUCGUAUAAACUCAGGAUUUUGUUUUGUCCCAGGAAAGAUGCCACAGAAGGCAAAUGCAGCAUGCCUAGCAAUAUCCUAGUCUGUACAUUUGAUGCAUAUUGGAGGAUGAAGAAGAAAAGGACCAAAACAAUGUUCAUGCGGUACUGUUUACCUGAACAGUGGUGUGAGGGCCAUGUCGACAGCUGGCUUGGAUGAGAUGCUGCCAAUAUUUGUCAGGGACUCAGGAUAGUACAUAUUAGUCUAUUUCAGUAGUUUUCAUUUAGUUAGGAUGAGUCUGAGUUGUUGUUGUAGUCUAUUUCAGUAGUUUUAUGUUCUUUCAUUGUUAUUGAGUCAAUAGCUAAAGCUUCUAUUUUUCCAUCAAGUCUAUAUUUUUAUGUUAGUUUCUUUUUCUGUUUUAUGGGCAGCUAGGAAGCAUCUCCAUGCUAUUGGGAGUUGCUAAUUUGCAAUGACUAUGUUAAGCAUUAUAAAUAAAGAGAAUGGGCUCCUAUUGCCCAC